AAACUAGAAGCCCUAGUUAUACAACACUGUUUGCUCUUUUGAGUUGAUUGAAUGCAUUUGUUUCAAUCUUAACUAAAUCGAAUUAUUCAUUAGAGGGUUGUGUGUGAACACAUACACACACACAACAGAAGGUAAGAGUCUACUGACUACUCUGGACAUUGUACUUCUGCAUCACCUGAGACUAGAAAUAAACCUUAAAGUACUCCUCCUCAACGAAUGAGGGCGCUAGCAGACCUGCUGUACUAUAUUAUAUUCCGGAGCCGGAGUCCCUCUGUGCUGUUUAGUAUCAGUCUUUGGUAGCUUGUUCUGGAAGUGAGUGGAGCAACGUGGUUGAAAGCUGCGUGUGGAUUUCCAGCGCUCCAAUUUCUAAAAAAAGAAAUACAUUUUUCAAGUAAUGACUGAAUCAGACACGACGGCCGCCCCUGCGGGCAAAAAUCUGCUCUCUCUGGACCCAGCGCAGGAGACUGAAUUUCGGAAGAAAGUGCAAGAAGUGAAGAAAAAGCGACCAAAAAAGUAUGAGAAGUUGACACCUGGCGUGAUUUACCUGGGUCACAUCCCACAGGGUUUUUUCGAGCCUCAGAUCCGGAUUUACUUCAGCCAGUUCGGAAGCGUGAGAAGGGUCCGGCUGUCCCGGAGUAAAAAGACUGGUCGCAGUAAAGGCUAUGCGUUCGUGGAGUUUGAGUGUGAUGAAGUAGCAAAGAUCGUGGCAGAUACCAUGAACAACUACCUCCUCGCUGAACGACUCCUCAAAUGUUGUUUUAUCCCCCCUGAGAAGGUGAAUCCAAAGCUUUUCAUUGGAAGUCAAACCCAGUUUAAGAAGCCUUCCUUCCCGGCUGUUAAACGCUACAACAAGAAACGAAGCGUCCAGGAGAGAAGAAAAAUGACAAGCAAGCUUUUACACAAAGAAACACAUUUACGCAAAAGGCUGGCACAGAAAGGGAUAGACUACGACUUCCCUGGAUUUGCUGCACAGGUACCUAAAAAGAAGGCGGCUGACAUGAACACAUCCGUCGGCAGUCAGGAUCUUACUCCAGUCUGCACACCCACUGUAAUAGAGCGCAGGAAAUCAAUGAAAAUUGAAGGCGGCGAGGAGGACAGUGACACUGAAAUAGUCAUUAAAGCCACGCCUGCGCCAAAGAAAUCAAAAAACAAAAAGAAAGCGAAGUCAUCCUGAACAAACUAAACCAGAACAGCAUGAAAACAGACUGCCUGCUAGGAAAUGAGAUUUCAGUGAAAUACUAAUUUGGACCCAUUUUCAGCAGCACUCGCUGCUUUUUUGAAACAAAGUAAAUACCUUUUGUAUAGAAAUGCUAGAUGUUGCCUCACCUGGGGAUGUGAUGUGGUGUUCUGUGCAUUGAGAGGACAGCUGGCUUUAACCUUGGGUCCCCCUUGUAAAUGCAUUGGAGUUUGCAGACAGGGUGCAAAAUACUUUACAAGUGCAGCAGUGCUCGUUCUGAACAUGUUAAGAGUUCCUGUGAAAGCUGGAUUUGUUUUAGAUUUUUUUUAUUAAGCCAUUUUCCUGUCACUGAUGCAAAUUCUCUUUUCCUGUGGAGAUGUAAUGCAAGACAUGAGGUGAAUACAGUCUCUAAAUCAAUUGAAAAAUCUGGUAUUUAAAUAGAAAAACCUGUUUACUGGAGGUGUGAUGAUGCAAGCAAAAUGUGUACCUCCCCCACUCCCUGGCUCCCGCUCCAAAAAUGUUUGAAAUCACAAUUUUGUUACAAUAAAGUGUAUGUAAGGAGAA